AUGUCGAUGAUGCAAUCCUUAGCAGUCUGGGAGAUGGAAAUGUCUGAGUAUGAGAGUAUAAGAAGGAGGAUAGUAGAGGAGAAUAAAAGAAAGAUGGAGGAACUUGGACUUAGACCGGUGGCUUAUGAGAAAAUGAAUUUGAAGAAACCGGCUAAGCAAGUAAAUAUCAACAAAACAUUAAGGCCUACUCAAGACUUUCAAAAUGAUGAUGAGCCUACACUUGGAAAAGGUGAUCAUUCAAAAAAAAUAUCCAAACAAGACAACACUCAAGGGUUUGGGACAAUACUAAAUUUGAGAUCUUGCUCAAAAAAGGUAAUUGCUAGCGAAAACGUGGAGCCUGAAAGGAUUGCAGACGAACAACAGUUGUCAAUGGCGACAAUGGCGAGCUUAAUAAAAUCACGUUCUCAAACUCGGAAAAGACUUUUGGAACAGAGUAAAGCGAAGAAUCAAUGUGAUGAGGGUGCAUUGAAAUUGAAACAACCUCUGACGAUCUCCGCACCACCUCUUCAAGAAGUGCCUCCGAAACAAGCCGAGGACAACUCUCACGGAAAGACCCAGGCUCUCAAUAAUGUCAACCAACCUGAGAGUUUACGGCACCAAGGUGUAAGAGUUGAAUUAUUUGAAGAUGAUAAUGGAUAUGAAAUCGGGAGUUCACAUAAGCAGCAACAUUCAAAUGUUUAUGCUGUUGAAGAAAACGAUGAUCCUAUAGUUGCAGAAACUAAUGAACAGAUUCUCAUGCAAGAUCGUCACAUUGACCAACCCGUGUUGGAGAAGAAAAGGCGAACGAGAGGACCAACUAUGUGCAAAGACGUUCAUGCAUGGACAUUAGAUGAACGUAGACCCAUAUUUUUCAAUGUCAAAGGUCAGCCAAUUGGUCCUGAUCAAGAAACUUUAACAAAGUUUAGUAUGUUUUUAGGGACUAUAUCUCGAGAUUCUACUCUUGCACCACUGAAUAAGGUUGACUGGCGCCAUGUUACCGGCAAGGAUAAGAUUUUUGAUUAUGUGAAGAAGAAAUUCAUCAUCCCAGAGGAGGCCAUGGAAUAUGUGUUAUCUUCGGUUGGAGAUCUUUGGCGUAGUCAUAAAUGUAGAAUAAAGAAGAAACACUACACCGGGUAUGAAAAUGACAAAGAAAGAUGGAUGAAUAGGCCAAAGUCGAUUUCAGAUUCACAUUUUAAAGAAUUGUUAGAAUAUUGGAAACUUGAUGAGGUUAAGCCCGACAACGAGCCAUCCUCAUCACUUCCGUUCAUCAUCCUCCAUCAUCAUCUUCACCUCACCGCUGCAAUUUCCGGCAACUUUCUGUUCGAGAGCAGACCACGAGCGAACCCCGACGUGAGCAACCUCCGCCUGCAAUUUUUCCGGUGA